GACUUCUUUUUGAGCGUGGAGUUCAAUGGGAGUUCACUGGUGCUACUUGAUAGUGAACGGAGUGUAUACGCUAUAUAUAGCGUAAUACAGUAAAUGCACAAAGAGGCAUCGGCCAAAAUAUUGUUUUCCAUUUGCAUGUGAAUACAACCGAAGAUGAAUUUAGCACUGAGGCACUGGAAGGAGGCUGCGACAGUCAUUCUAGCUGCUAGGACUAGACUCAAAACUGCGACCGACUGUUUGAAAACAAGGGAAAUCCCUUCGCCUCCUGACUUUACCAAGUCGGACUUGUCACCCAAGCCCGUUUUUGAUUAUGAUGUGCUAUUGCUGAAGCGAAGUGUCAAAAGUGGGUUUAUGCCUAACGCUUACGUUUUCCCCGGUGGUUUGGUUGAUCCCUCGGAUUUUUCCAACGAUUGGUUAGAGACUUUCAAAUCGUUCCGGCACUGGCCAAAUUUUGGGUUGGGGUUUGUCAAACAGGCUCCGGAGACGAGACCACCUAUUUUUGCUACGGACAGACAAAAACUGGGGUCUCUUAUUCCAAGUGCUGUUGCGUUGAGAAUCUGUGCCGUGCGGGAGACCUUUGAAGAGUCCGGAAUACUUCUUGUUGUUCCUAAAAAGGAGGAGAAUAACAUUGCUCACUGUUUGAACCAUCCUGGAGACAACAACGUCUCGACUUCCCCCACAAAGUUAAACGAGCUCUUAGAUGAGCGUGAACUGGCUAGGUGGAGGUCUUUGGUAAAUGAGAAUCCUUUUAAUUUCAUCCGUAUGUGUGGAGAACUGGACUGCAUGCCCAAUAUAUGGGCAAUGCAUGAGUGGGGGAAUUGGUUGACCCCCAGAGGUCUCGAGACAAGUAGGAGGUACGACACUGCCUUUUUCAUUUGUUGCUUGGAGGACAUCCCACGUACCAUUCAAGAUGAAAAGGAAAUAGUACAUUUUAAGUGGUCCACUCCUUCUGAAGUAAUGCAGAGCUUCCAGGCCCGACAGCUCUUUCUAGCCCUGCCGCAGAUCUACGAGCUUGGCCGAAUGAGUCGCUUUCCACAGCUGCAAGACCUGCACAGCUUUGCCCGGAUGAGAGCGCAGGAGGGCUGCGAGCGGUUUCUGGCCGUACGACUGGACUCCAGCGACAGUCGCGUGUUCCUUCUGCCAGAUGAUGAAUUGUACCCUGAGAAUGCGGACUUUUCGGGGGAAAAAGGGGUGAUCUUACGCACGGAGAAGGGUUUUGAGCAGCUGCAGCAGGAGAGCUCGGCCCUGCACCGCCUGGUGUUCUUCGACCUUUACACCGUCACCGUCCAAGUGAGCAUCACGCCAAAAUACAAGCACCUGUCACCCAUCGGAGGUCUUUCUCAGCCCAGCUCUUCAAGGCACAAGAGUCAGCUAUGAGCCUCGUGCCAAAACUCCUCAUCUCCAGCUGAAUGUAUUCUUUCAGUCAUAUAUUUACUAAGAAUUUUAUCAGAUCGAAAACAGGACGUAAUAAUGUGAGAUUUACAAGAGGUGACCCCUACACAAUAGUGCAGUAUAAGACCUUUUUUAUUGUUUCUACAUUUGGUGAUCGACAUCUUUUAAAACCCAGUUAACCUCAUUUUUUCAUCAUUAUGAUACUGUAUGACUUCUGCUAAUGUGGUGGGAUUACAUAGUAAACAUGUAAUAAAUGUCCUGUAUCUGCUUUGUAUACAAACGUGUUUUGUGGGGUCAUUUUGACCGCAGGCUCUGUAGCAGUCUAAAAUGUAAGAAAAUGCACAACCUUUUUUUAUUGGUUAUCUCUGAUUUUUUAUGUGGGUGAUUCUGGUUGCGCUUUCCCUUACAGGUUUCAGAUUUUUUCUUAACUCGGGCUCUAAAAUGAGAAUUUUCUCUAAGAUUUUUUUAAUGUUUUGGGAUAAAAGGUCAGUCAUUUGGGAAAAAUUAAGAAGGUGACUGACAAAGUGUCAAUUUUUCUAUUAAAACCAUUUUGUGUUGGUUUAAACUGUUGGAGUAAAUCUGACGGCAAACAUAAAAGGCCUCAUAUAAUUUCAACAUAAUUUGAGGGUUAAAUAUCUCCUGUUAAUUAUGAUCUGAAAACUUGUGGUCAGUUUAGGGUUAGGGUUAAGUCUUCCCCCUGAAAUGAUCAAAAUUAUUGACCAAAUGUAGAGUUUAAUUGAUAAAUAAGGUCCAGACUUCUUUUUCCUAAAUCACAAGUUAAUUUGACUUAAACCAUUCAAACAGUGAUGGUACAUAUCGGGCCAGUUUCACAGACACAGAUUCCGUUUAGUCCUGGACCUAAUUAAGUUUUGUAUGGAGAAUCUCUAAAAUUGAAUUUAGUCUGGGACUUGGCUUAAUCUGUGAAACUGGACAUUGCGUACUUAUUAAAAACAUCGACUCCUGUUUUCUGAUAGAAAUUUUGAUUGCAACUUGUUUGAUUACAGUAUUCAUUUAAAUUUAUUUCAGCACUUUACAAUUUUUCAACUUUUACAAAUGCAGACUAUAUAAAGUUAUUUAAAUAAAAAUUGUUUCCAUGGCA